AUGCCUUCCGUCGCAGAAAUUCGUCAAUAUCUCGGUGGCCAGAUCUUUGGUACGCCAUUCCUGCCAGAUGUCGACCUCUCGAAUAAAACAUACAUCAUCACAGGAGGAAACACAGGUCUCGGUCUCGAAUGUGCAAAACACCUCACCAAUCUCAAAGCCUCCAAAGUCAUCCUCGCUUGUCGUAGCAUCGAGAAAGGCGAAGCAGCGAGAAAGUCCAUCCUAAAUAUGCACCAAUCGUCCAAGACAGCAAUCGAAGUCUGGGAAGUCAAUCAGAGUAGCUUCAAGUCUGUUCUAGCAUUCGUAGAGCGCCUGAAGACCCUGGAUCGAUUACAUGGAUUCAUCGCCAAUGCUGGACUCGAGACCGUGACGUUUGAGCGCACAGAAGGCUACGAAAAUUCGUUAACCGUGAAUGUCAUCUCGACAAUCAUGCUGUCCGUACUCGCUUUGCCAAAGUUGAAAGACACAGCCAGGGUAAGUGGGGCGCAUACAAAUCUCGUGAUUGUGGGCUCGAUGCAGCAUGUUUUUGCUCCUAGUGGGCAGCUGAAUGUUGAGGAUGGGCGGAGCGUAUUCGAAAUUCUGAGCGAGGAGAAGAGCGCGGAUAUGAUGGGGAGGUAUGAGUUGAGUAAGCUGAUGGUGCAGAUGUGCGAGAAAGAGAUUGCGAAGAGAUUGGGUGAGGGAUCGAAAGGUGUGAGCCCAGUCGUGGUCAAUUGCGUCAAGCCCGGGUGGUGUGCCACAGAGCUGUCCAGAUAUUAUGAUAAAGGGAGGAUCAUAGGGGUUAUCUUCGCUAUGAUUGGAAGGACUGCGGAGGCAGGAAGUCGAACGCUGGUGCAUGGUGUGACCGCCGGUGAUGAGACUCAUGGGCAGUACUUGAGUGAGUGUCUCGUCAAGACUGAGUCGUCUUUCGUGAGGAGCAGGGAAGGCGACCGUAUCCAGAAGAGGCUUUGGGUCGAGUUGUGCGAUAUCAUCGAGAGAUUAUCUCCUGGAGCAACAUGUGUUGUAUGCUGA